AUGUCUGUAGAUGCCGAGAGGCAAUUCCUUUGUCCCCGACUUAUAGACUACCUUACUAUAGUUGGGACACGAUAUAGCAAUAUUCCUUCAAAACAAAACACCAAUCCUCAUAUUCAGAUACCUGAACUCCUUCGUCGCUAUCCGAUUCAGGAUCACAAGGACUUCCCCAUGCCCUUGGACAUGGUUUACUUCUGCCAACCAGAGGGCUGUUCUUCGGUAGGACCCAGAAGGACAGCCCUUAGAGAAGCCUCGUCUUUCGUAUUUACUCUUACCGAUAAAGAUUCCGGCAAAACGAGAUACGGCAUUUGCGUAAAUUUUUAUAGACCGAUUGAAAAGGCGCCGGCUAAUUUGAGCAUCGGAAAAGGCAGAGCUAACACUAGCUUGAGAAGGGAUUCGUGGAGGAAGAGUAUGGAGAAAAGCUCAGAUUCCGCUUUUUCUAGCGACUAUCGAAGCAGUAACGUUGCUCCUAGCGAUUCAGAUAAAGAUUGUCCGAGCAGAAGAGACUCCGAAUCAACUACUGCUAACCUCCCACGACUCGGUGUUAUUCCAGCGAACGAUUCGGAAAGUGGAGGUAGUCAUUCUCCUUCUCCAAGAGCAAGCCGUCGUCGUCAGCGAUUAAGAAAUUUGUCGUUAACAUCGCUCUGUAUUCUAUCGCAUCAUCCGUUUUUUUCAAUGUUUCGCGAAUGCCUAUUUAUCCUAAAAAAGUUGAUUGAUGCUUGUAACGAAUCGUCAAAUCCAAGAAGAGUUGGUGCUUCCAAACAAUUGUCCAGGGAUAAUGUUUGGAGUGUGUUGACUGGACACGCUACUGAUACUACCUCAUCUAUAGUUAUCCACGACGUUAAAGAAAUCGAAACUUGGAUACUCAAGUUGCUUUCCUCUCCUGUACCUAUACCCGGGAAAACUAAAGUUGAAGUUGAAAUAUUAUCACCAAGCGUAUACGAUCCUCUUAUGUUUGCCUUACCGAGUCACACUCGAUUCUCUUUAGUUGACUUUCCGCUACAUUUGCCUUUAGAAUUACUAGGAGUAGAUACCUGCUUGAAAGUCCUAACCAUAAUACUGUUGGAAAACAAAGUGGUUUUUCAAUCUAGAGAUUACAAUGCUCUGUCUAUGUCUGUGAUGGCUUUCGUAACAAUGUUAUAUCCUCUAGAAUAUAUGUUCCCGGUUAUACCUUUGUUGCCGACUUGUAUGAGCUGUGCAGAACAGCUUUUACUUGCACCCACACCGUUCGUUAUUGGUCUUCCAGCUAGUUUCUUAAUGUACAAAAAAAAUUUCAAAUUACCUGACGAUAUUUGGCUUAUCGAUUUGGAUUCGAAUAAGUUAAUAUCUCCAAGCGAAAUACCCCCGUUGCCGGAACCGGAGGGUACGAUUUUGAAAAACCAUCUGAAACAGCUUCUUACCAACAAGGCAAUGCAACUUAUGGAUCAAGUUGGCACCGGAGCUAUCACGAAUUUGGCCGUUCAGUCGACAGCUACGCAACAGCUUCAACCAUCACGAAGAGAGAGUGUAAGUUCAGCAAAUACAUUGGGAAAAUCAAAAGGGAAAUCACCAGAUGAAUCUACAUCACCUCUCGCAGUCAGUCCUAACACUCAACCGAGAGUAUCGCUAACACCGCAAGUACCUUACUUACCGCCUUUGCGCCCCCCAUCGCCUUCAAGUGGUUCCAACCCCUUCAUUUACGGCAACGACAUCGACUCCGUCGAUGUAGCAACUCGAGUUGCCAUGGUACGAUUCUUCAACUCUCAAAAUCUCUUGGCCAACUUUUCGGAGCAUACCAGAACUCUUCGACUCUUCCCGAGGCCGGUCGUCGCUUUUCAAAUAAACAGUUUUUUGAGGUCUCGACCGAGGGCUUCCCAUUUUCUAAAUCGUUUCGCCAGGACCCAAGCGGUCGAAUUCUUGGCCGAAUGGUCGUUGACUCCAACUAACGUUGCCUUUCAAAGGGUCCAGACCGGAGUUCUUGACCCUGCCUUAAUAGGAGACAAGCCGAAAUGGUACAUUCACACAUUGGAACCAGUGAAAUUCGUUGUUUGGGACGACGGCAGUUCGUUAAAUGGUGCUUUAAGGAGCAUGCAGAACAUCGAACACCAACCAACAGACGAAAGUGGUUCGGACUCGGAAGAAGGGGAAAGUACAAGUUCGAGCUAUUCCUCUCUGAGCGACUUCGUCUCCGAGAUGGUUUCGUCGGAUCUAUCUCCCGGUUACAAUUCUUUGCACGAGCAAAGGAAAUCGAACGCACAACACAUGUCUUUUUCGUCUAGCGUAGACGUCGAAACCAUCUACAAUCCUCCUUCGGAACUUCGAUAUCCCGAUGGGAACAUCCCCAUCGCUCGAGUGGAUUCCUUGCAAUCGUCGACGAGUAGCGAAUCGGAUUUGAGUUCGCCAGAUUUCAACAGAGAUUCCGAAUUGGAAUUCGGACUUAAAACGAAAAGCGAACAAAACGUUCCUAAGACUGACAAAGAAGAGACUGGUAGCUAUGAGAACGAAUCGGAUUCGAAUAGUACCACUACACCUAAAACCGUAGUUAGCACUAACAAUGUUAGGCAAGGAUCACCAACAAGCGAAACGGAGACUUCGAGCACAUCGAGGAAAGGAAGACGAUCUAUAACACCAGUGCCUCCUAUAACACCCGUUUUACAAAAGCAACCGAGCGUUGGUAAUGUAUUGGCAAGAACGUCUACUUUAAGCUCAUCCGCGAAUUCCAGUCCAGUUCCUACUUCCUCCGGCAGUGGUGGAGUUACCAGGCAAGGUUCUCAGGGGUCAUUAUUCGAACAAUUCACUUUCCAAGCUAAGGAGCUCGUCAGGGAAAGCACGAGACAGAGCAGUCAAGAUGGAUUGCUGGCUCAAAUGGAUAAGUUGAAAACACAAGCUAAAGAAAAACUAACCGAAGCUGAGGAAAGCAGUUUGUUUGCUCCAUUUGAUAAGUUAACAUCGCAAGCUAAAAAAGCAGCCGAAGAAGCCACGAAGAGUGUGCAAGUAGCUGGAAAGAGUGCUUUAGAGGCUAGUAAAACUGCAACAGCUAUGAGUAAAACGACCCUUGAUGAUCUAACAUAUGUGGGGAAAUCUACAUUCGGAGAUUUGACUAAAAGUGCUAAAGAAGUAGUCACUAAGAAAGGAUUACUUAGAGGCGAUUCUUUCAGCAAGCAAAUGGAGCCGGCUUCCACCAGCACAGCAAUAGUUGCCUCAUCGAACGUUUUAACUGGUGCUAGUAGAGAUUUCUUUUCCAACAUUAGUUCCGACAUUAACGGCUUGGCCGAUUCCACAACGAAUAUGUUCUCCAAUUUCUUCGGAUCGAAGAAAGACCAACCCAAAGCUGUUGUGGACACGAAGAACAAACAGAAGGAGCCAACGAAAAGUAUGUUUGGCCCAUUCAACAGAGGUCCGAAGGGACUGGCUGAAAAAAGUCCUUUAAUAAAGCACAUGCCAAGGAAACAGGAGGACUUGCAUUGGAAACAAGCUGCCGAUAAGAAUGCUACUAAUAGCGAAAACCAGGCUUUCCUGAAAGACGUAAUAACAAGCGUUCUUGACGGCGAAGGCGUUGGAUGGCUCAAAUUGAACAGAUUAAAGAAACUUAUGGAGGAUGAAUCUUAUAGAAACUUCGUUUUAAGUAAAUUAAAUAAAACACUUGACAGGAGGAUUUCACCAGACGACCACAUAGACGAUGUGUGUAUAUCAAAACCUGUUUGGAAAGGAAUGCUUAAGAUGCUACUAGCAGUAGUUCAUGGGUUAGAAGUGACGUUCAGCAAUUAUGGAUUGGGAGGAAUGGCAUCAGCGUUUCAACUAUUCGAAAUUGCGCACACUCACUAUUGGUCAAAGGAUAUGACCGAGCACAUGGGACCCGACAUGACUCAAGCCUCUAGUCCACGAUCUCCGUCGAGUCCUAGAUAUUCCUUGCAGUCAUCGGAUUGGGAGAGCUCAAGAAAAUCUUCUCAAGCAGAACCACCAGAAGUUCGGCUUAUUCAGGAAGCGGAAUCGGAGAAGGAACAUUCCACGACGGAGAUAUUUAAAGAUAUGCUUACUCAGAAGAAGAAUAUGUUGCUGAGUAAAUUAACAUCAUUCGAUUCUGAUGGCGAAAGUACUGUGCAUGGUUCUGGGGGAACUAUUUCUCCAUCAGCGGGCUCCAUUACGAUGGGACCCGCCUGUAACCUUAAUAGGGGCGGUAAUCAGGCGUCUUUCCGUUCGACAGUUUCUGACACAGAAGUCGAAACGCUGCAGUUUCCAAAGAUACCAAAGCCGCGAACAUCAAGUGUUUGGUCGAGUAAAUCCUCAAUCAGUGCGGGUUUUCGUUAUCACGGCGGAAAUAUUAUCAACACGGUAACAUCGCCUAGUCCAGAUGGUGUAAGAACCUACCUCUUCGAGGGAUUGGUUACCAAAGAAAGAUCGCCCCUCUGGGACCAAAUGCAAUUUUGGGAAGACGUAUUUCUCGACGCAGUUUCCCAGGAAAGGGACAUGAUCGGGAUGGACCAGGGCCCUCGCGAAAUGAUGGAGAGGUACAAAAGUUUGAGCGACACGGAGAGAAAGCGCUUGGAACACGAAGAGGAUAAAUUACUCGCCACGCAAUUAUACAAUUUGACUGCUAUUUUAGUAAUGCUCAAUUGUGGCAAAGAAGAACUUAAGAGAAAAAUCAGGAGGUUGUUGGGAAAAAGCCAUAUAGGUUUAGUUUACAGCCAAGAAGUGAAUCAGUUGUUGGACCAAAUACAUAAUCUGAACGGUAAUGAUAUCGAUUUGAAACCUCUAGGAUCGAGGCUAUUGCAUAGACAAAGUUUUACAGUUCACCAAGGUGUAGAUUGUACAGGCGAUUUGAGGUUCAUGGAAGUUCGAGAUGAUGGAUUGGUAUUAAGAUCUGUAAACGGGGUAAUAGUAGAGAGGUGGUGGUUCGAAAGGCUAGUGAAUAUGACUUACAGCCCUAAGAAUAAAGUGCUUUGUCUUUGGAGAAGAAAUGGACAGCAAACCCAACUGCAUAAAUACUACACGAAGAAGUGCAAGCAAUUAUACUACUGCAUUAAAGAAGCCAUGGAACGCGGCGGAGUUGCCGGAACGGCUCCGGAAUUAGGUGGGGAAUUCCCUGUACAAGAUAUGAGUACGGGAGAGGGUGGUUUGUUGCAGGUCUGCAUGGAGGGAGUUGGAUUACUUUUCGCGAAUAGCAAGGUAUUUAUUUUUUCGUUAGGAUAAUUCACAUAAGGAAAUGUUUUACGCAAAAAUCGAACAUUUUUGUAUUAGAGGAGUUUAAUCCGAAAACUCGGCAAGUGAUUCAAAGGAAAUACAAAUCACCCAUGGCGGAUCAAAUCUGCUAUUCCGUAUUGUGCGUUUUCUCUUACGUGGCGGCGGGUUCAGAUAAACCUAAAGCAGCAAAAAAAUCGGUCGAUGUAACUCAACUUAACCUCACCUCUUAUCUGAAGGCGGCAAACCAAGACGUCUCCGGAGAAGAUCUCCAUUCACCACAGAACAUUCCACCUCCGACGAGCCCCGAGCCGGGAUCCGUGACGCCUGUCGGGGGUCCCCCGAAGUAUCCUCCGCCUGCUUUGCCGGUAGGUGUGGCGCCACCUGCGCCCCCUCCUGGCAUUAGGACUAUACAAUCGCAAUUGUCUUUACCUUCUAGUAAGCCUCCUCCUGUUCCUAGUAGAAAUCUACCCUCUAGACAAAUGACGAUUCCAUCACAACCUAGUCAGUCGUCGCAGCCACCUCAGCCUCCACCUAGACCAAAGUGA